GCCCGUCCGCAGACUUCCUUUAUAAUACAGCGCACGUCCGACGAACGAUCAUAGUCGCAACCCGACGAUUGUCAAUAGUCUUCCAAGUUUCCAAACUCCAACGUUUGCUGAACUCGUCUUGUGAAAAAACACUACACAAUCACUCGCCAACAUGAAUUUUCUGUCAAUUGUAUUGGUUAUUGCAUUGGUUGGUUAUUCGCUGGGUGCACCACAAUACGGACAUAAUGAAUUAGAUAACGAAUACGAACACAUCAAUGCAGAACACCAUGAUGAUGGCACCAAAAGUAAUUGUAAAAACCGAAAAAAUGGUGACAGCCAAGAACAAGAUGAAGGCACCAAUGAAGGUAGAGGCCAAGGUCGUGGUAACAAACAAGUGCCAGGUAGAUACCUACAACCGGAACUUGGUGGAUACUAUACACCAGUACAACAAUAUUAUGCCAAUAAUCCAGGAUACGUUGGGGGUUCAGAUCAAUACUACCAAGGUUGGCGUUUACCACCAUACAGCCAAGGUGGACCUGGUUUAUAUCAUCCUGCAGGAUACGGUAGGGUUCACUACUAAAACUUCAAUCACAACGUAAAUUCCAUACGAAUCCCGUAUAUCACUUUUUUCUUGGACGUACCUGUGACUUAAACGUCAUAUUAUAAUAGAAUUGUCGCCUAGUAUUAUAAGUUAUUUUAUUAUUAUUUAUAACUAAAUUGUAAAUUUGUUUACAAUACUGUAUCUUUACAUUGUUAUAUAAGAUUUUGAACUGUAAAGAUUAUAACUCAAUAUAAUAUUGUCUAUAUAUUUAUGUCUCUGGUGUAAUAUAUAGUUUUUAUAUACAUGUA